UGCCUGGCACCUGGCAGGCAUUCAUAAGUGGUAGUUAUUACUAUUCUGAUCUGAAUUCAGUAGUGAAAUGUUUAGAGAUUCAGUCUUCCAUCUUUGUCCUUACCUUAUUCAAUAGACUGGGCUGGCCUCAUUUUCAUUUUAUUCAUUAAUGACCAUGAAUGAUCACAAUGGUUAAUUAUUGAGAUUGUAUUGUCUUACAGGGCAGGGGCUGUUUUAUGUCUCUGUACCUUUCCCAUGCCUAAAAUAGUGUUUUGCACAUUUGCAGAUGAUUUAAUUCAACAAUCAUUUCCUGAGUAGCUGUUUUGAACAAGGCAGUGGAUACAAAGAUGAGCAGGACCCACUUCCUGUUUUUAAAAGAGCUUAGUCUAAUAGGGACUAGUACAAUCAGGACGGUCUGAUAAAUGCUACCCCAGAAGUGUGAACCAAGAGCCUUGGCAGGAAAGUGACUCCUUCAUUCUGCCUGGAAAGGUGGUGGUAAUUGGAUGAAAGCUGUGACCAGUGAAAGCAGUGACACCGAUGGGAGAGAGACAGCUACUGCCACUCAGGCCCAGCACUGGAGCUCAUCUGAUCACCCAGAUUCUAAAGAAAAAACGCCAGCGCCACAACCAGCGCAACUCUUUGGCAUCCUGAAAGCAGAUUUUAUCAUCCCAGUUCUGAUGGACCCAGAAGACAUGAAAGAUCAAUUUUUGAGUGAGAUCCAAGAAGCCUUGAAGCUUACGCUGGGUCACGAGCAAUUCAGAUUGAAAUGGGUCGGCUCUGAAGUGAACAAAAAAUAGCAUGCGUCUGCUGAUCUGGGGUGCCCUCACACAGGAUAGUACGUUCGUGCUAGCUCUUUGCCCUACGUCUCAGUAGUUUUCACCUGCAAUUUGGGAAACUAUAAGACAGUUUUUAAUAUUAAAGUAUACCUUCCGAAUAA